GGAGGCAGCAGUUGGUUGUUUGUGUGAGGACGGUCCCAGGAGGAGGAGGAGGAGGAGGAAGAAGAAGGCUGGAAUUUCCCUCAGUAAACUCCAGCUCCAUCUCUUAAUUCUGUUUAACUUUGUUUGGUCUCAACAGAAAAAAAUCCCUGAACGAGGAAGAACACAGCCUCCUCUCCCUCCUGUUCCUCCUCCUGCAGGAGGCCUUCAUCAUCCUCAUCUUCAUCGGGGUUUGCGCUGACACAUGGCGGGAGCUCUGAGGAUGACCGAGGCGUCCUACAUGAACGUGUACGACAACGAUCUGCAGCUGAAUUUGAUGCAGUACGACUACAUUCCUCCAGUCGACAUAAAGACUGAGCCCUACAUACCUGAGACAGCUCAUGGUCCCUACAUUCAGAUCAUCGAGGAGCCCAAACAGAGAGGCUUCCGUUUCCGUUAUGAGUGUGAGGGUCCGUCCCAUGGUGGGCUCCCAGGGGCCUCCAGCGAGAAGAACAGGAGAACCUACCCCACCGUAAAGAUCAACAACUACAUGGGUCUCGCCCGGGUGGAGGUCCAGCUGGUGACCCACACCGACCCCCCCCGGGUCCACGCCCACAGUCUGGUGGGACGCCACUGCACCGAGAACGGCACCUGUACGCUGGACAUCGGCCCCAACGACCUCACCGCCUCGUUUGGUAACCUGGGGAUUCUCCAUGUGACCAAGAAAGGUGUCGUUGAGGUUUUAACCAGGAGGCUGAGAGAAGAGAGGAAGAGACAGAAAGACGCUCACUAUCACCUGACAGAGCUGGAGGAGACCUCCAUCCUGAAGGAGGCCAAGGAGCUGGGGAAGGUGAUGGACCUGAACAUAGUCAGGUUAAAGUUCACCGCCUACCUGCAGGACAGCAACGGCGGCUUCACCAGAGCCCUGAAACCCGUCGUCUCCAACCCCAUCUACGACAGCAAGUCGCCAAACGCCUCCAACCUGAAGAUCUCUCGGAUGGAUAAGACGUGCGGCUCAGUCCUGGGGGGCGACGAGAUCUUCCUGCUCUGCGACAAAGUCCAGAAAGAUGACAUUGAGAUCCGUUUCUAUGAAGAGGAUGAUGAAGGAUGCUGGGAGGCCUUCGGAGACUUCUCCCCCACCGACGUCCACAAACAGUACGCCAUCGUCUUCAAAACGCCUCCGUACCACAGCACCGAGAUCGAGAGGUCCGUCACCGUCUUCCUGCAGCUGAGGAGGAAAAAGGCCGGAGACAGCAGCGACCCCAAACAGUUCACCUACAUACCCCAGGUCCAAGACAAAGAGGAGGUGCUGAGGAAAAAGCAGAAGCCGCUGCCUCACUACGAACAUUGGAGAGGAGGAGGAGGAAGAGGAGGAGGAGCUGGAGGGUUUGGAGGAGCAGGAGGAGGAGCAGGAGGAGGCGGAGGAGGGUUCCAGUUCCACCAGCAGAUGAACGGAGGAGGAGGAGGAGCAGGAGGAGGAGGAACUUUCUUUACUGGAGGCUUCACAGGCUUCACUGGAGGGGGAGGAGCUCAGAUGUCAGGCCACGUCCCUCAGACAGGUGUUACCCAGCAACAGAGUGACGGACAGACGGGACGUCAGGCGGCCUUGCAGCAACAGCUGCUUCAGAUAGCCUCAAGUCUCAACAGUCGAGUUUCUCAGAACGCCAGAAACGCUGCCGCCGCCCUGCUGGAGUACUGCAGUACUGGAGACGCCCGGGUCCUUCUGGCCAUCCAGAGACACCUCUGUGGUAUCCAGGACAGCAACGGAGACACGCCUUUACACCUCGCCAUCAUCCACCAGCAGACGGGAGUCAUCCAGCAACUGGUCCACACCCUCCUCAGCAGCCAGCAGCGUAGCAUCCUCAACACCGCUAACCACCUCCAACAGACUCCUCUGCACCUGGCCGUGAUCACCCGCCAGGUGAAGGUGCUGGAAGUGUUGCUGAAGGCGAAGGCCGACCCCAGCCUGCCGGACAAAGAUGGCCGCAGCCCGCUGCACCUGGCGGCACUAGCUGGAGACAGUGUGUCGCUCCGCCUUCUGCUGGCUCACCUGGAUGAAGGCCACGCCCACGUGGUCAACACCCCCGACUACCACGGUCUCCACCCCAUACACCUGGCCGUGAGGAGGGAUGGUGAGCGCUGUCUCCGCCUCCUGGUGGAGGGCGGAGCCAAAAUAAACGCACCUGAGCGGAAGAGUGGAAACACGGCCCUUCACCUGGCUGUAAGAGAGAACCUGUUCAAGGUGGCCUGCACCCUGAUCACAGAGCUGAAGGCCGACAUCAACGCCUGCACCUUUGGAGGAAACACAUCGUUACACCUGGCAGCAAGUCUGGGAUCCCCCACCCUCUGCUCCAUGCUCAUCGCUGCAGGUGCUGAUAAGAAUGUGGAGAACGACGAGCCGCUCUUCUUCAGCUCCUCUUCAGACGAAGAGCAGGACGAACCAAUCAGAGAAGAGGUCAAAGGUCAAAAGGCCGCCUCUCAGCCAAUCAACCCUCGGAAGAGACCGGCAGGACACACCCCCUUGGACCUGGCUAAAUGCCAAAAGGUCAGGAACCUGUUGACCUCCAGACUGAGUCCUAAGUCGAGUCGUCACAUCGGGAGGAAAAAAACAAUCAGCAAUGAAGAGGUGGAGGCUUCGGGUCUGGAUGAGGAGACUCUGUCCCGGUUGGUGGAGUUGCUGAGUGUUGGAGACGUUCCCUGGAGGAAGCUGGCGGAGAAGCUGGGGAUGUUGACGCUGACUCACCUGUACCAGGACACGGCCACGCCCUGCCACCACCUGCUGCAACACUACCAGCUGGGGGGUGGACAUGUGGACACUCUGGUUGAAGCUCUGCAGUGUCUCGGUUUGACGGAAGGAGUUCGACUCCUGAGAGAGAAAGAGGAGCAACGAGACAAAAUGAACACAGACGCCACGGUUGACAGUGGCUUCGGCAGCCAGCCAAUGGAAGAGGAGGAGGAGCCGGCCUCGGCCAAUCAGUGACGAGCAGGAAGCGUUUGAUUCGUUUUAGAAACGAGUUGCAGGGAAAUGAACCAACAGCUUUUUUUCCUUAACGAUAAAAUUUAUUUAUAUUUGUUUUUUUUUUUUUUUGUGUAAUUUAGUUUUUAUCAGAGUCUAUUUCAAUGUGUUAAUGAAUUUCAUGCAAUAAUCAGAAAAUAAGAAAUAAAAUAAAAAAUGUGUAAAUAAAC